CCUGCCAUGGCGAGGACGCUGCUGCUGCUGCAGCAUCGAGGCCAUGGCAGCUUCGAGGCAGAAAUGUGCCGCGACCUCACGUCGACGAAGGCGUCGUGGUGCUGCAGCCACAGCAGAGAAUCGCAUCGUGCUUGCCGGCUGAUGAUUAUGCGGCUACAGUCCUCUCGCCUUCACAGCUCAUUCCCACUCCUUUUUCGCAGAUGUUAGGGUUUCAGUUUUUCUCACUUACUAGGUUGUGUGUUAGAGUAAGUCAAAUCCUCGGAUCGGUUGGGAAAAGUGCGCACGAUUUGGACUCUCUGUCUGCUUCAUUCACCCUUUGAAAUCGUGGUAUUUGGAUCCGUGUCUUCUCUGUCUCCGAGAGUCUAAGGGAUUGGACCGGGAUGGCAAGAAGCGGUUGGUGAUGAUUCCAUUAGAGUGGCGAUGCGUUUUGUGGAACGAUCGCUUUUUACUUGCGCGAUCUCUGAGGUUGCUUGGAAGGUCGAUCGGUGUGGGAAAUUUUGUCGGUGCAGAUGUCAGGGUUAGCAACAUGAUGCUGGAAUCAGGGGUUGAAUUUAAUACAGAGUGGCGCUAGCGUGGGCACGUUUUUUGGUGUCUGGAUGAAUUGUUGCUUUACCGUUUUGCGAUCUAGAACUUGUUCACUCAAAAUUUCGAUUCUCUCGUGAUUAUGCUGAAAGAUUUGAAGUAUGUAUAUUGUAUUCGAGUGCUUUCAUCAAUUGCAUAAUGUUUUAGCACUGAAGAAAUGAAAGAAAAGGAGGUUUGAUGAUGUGAUACUUCGCGAGCUUGCAAUUCUAUAGAUGUUCGAUUCUCGGUAUGAAGAUAGGGGUACUGCAUUGAGGUCCUUGCCUCUUUGGAGCGAGGAAUUGCAAUAAAUGAUACCCAGGAUUUUGAAGCUGAAUUUUACGUUUCAAGAGGAGAGAAAUUCAAAUUUUAAGUGUUUUAGGCUGAGUGGUUGUCCAAGUUAUCGGGUUUUCAAAGCAGUGAAGAAUCCGUGCUUUUCCAAUAAAUUGGAUGAUAGCAAGCAUAUUGGAGUAUAUAUCGACACGCUGUUUUAAAAUUCGAAUGCGAAGCGGAAUAUCGAUCUGUACAUGAAGGUCGUGAAGAUGGUGACUUCAGUUAAACUCCGCCCUUAUCUGGCGGGGAAACGUCCAGCAUUGGACAUUGGUCGGAAGGGACGGCGGUGGCGAGUGAGCUUAUCCACGAGAGUGUGGCGACUAUUACUAGCUACUAUUUUUAUUGUUCUUAUCAUUGGUGCUAGCGCACAGUUUCCUCAAUUCUCCCACUAUAUUGAAGGGACAUUGAAGCGAUUUCUGCUCUGGGUGCAAGAUGAUGCUGGCGCGUGGGGUCCAAUUAUCUUGGCACUGGCAUACGUUCCAUGCUCAGUCUUGGCUAUUCCAGCGUCGAUCCUCACGCUAGGAGGAGGUUAUUUAUUUGGGUUGGCGGUUGGAUUUGUUACGGACUCUAUUGGAUCGACCUUGGGGGCGACUGCUGCCUUUUUAGUUGGCAGAACGGUCGGAAGGACGUACGUAACCUCGAAGCUUAAGGAUUAUCCUCAAUUUCAGGCUAUUGCCAUAGCUGUUCGUAAAUCUGGUUUUAAGAUUGUGCUGUUGUUACGACUUGUGCCUCUUCUACCUUUCAAUGUGCUGAACUAUCUAUUGUCCGUCACUCCUAUUAGUAACACGACCUACAUCAUUGCAACCUGGUUUGGAGUGAUGCCUAUGACACUCGCUUUUGUGUACGUGGGGACAACAAUCAAAGACAUUGCAGAUAUCAGCCACGAUGGAGCUCAUAUUACCAAUUCCCGCUUAAUCGUGCUGGGAGUUGGUCUCUUGGCCACAAUUGUGGUGGGUAUAUUGAUUACUCGAAUAGCGAGGGAUGCUCUCCGCACCGCGAUUGAAGAAUCUGGAUGCGAGAAUGAAACCAUAGUAGUUGUGACAGACCCCCUUGGUUCAUUGGAGAAGGAACCUGACAUUCGACAACCAUUGAUUGGCAGAAUAGAUCCAUCUUGCUAUAGCAUUGAUGGACCGCAGCCUCCGGCACAUAAAACACUUGAUGCAGUCUUGUAAAGUUCUCCUUUGCGUCUUUUACCAGCUCAUGUGCAUGUAUAUUCUAAGAAUUGGUACAUGAAAUCAUUUUUUGACAUCGAGAAUGUAAUGUGAAAUAUUUCCUCAGUAAAAUUUAUCGAUUCAACAAGUUUAA